AUGCCCGUAUCCGACAGUGAUAAGCUACGAAUAGGCUACGUACCAGAGCAUUUCUCCACGCCCCUCCACUUCGCCCAGAAGCACUAUGGCCUCGACGCGUCCCUCAUUCCCUUCCCAUCAGGCACCGGCCACAUGGUCGAGUCCCUCAAAGCCAAAGACAUCGAUAUCGGCAUGGGCCUCACGGAAGGCUGGGUCGCCGGCCUAGGGAAGGCAGGCAGCCCGGGCCCGCCAUUCCCGUUCAAAAUCGUCGGCACAUACGUCUCGACCCCGCUCAGCUGGGCGAUCAGCACGGGCAAAGGACGGAAAGGCGAGUUUAAAGCGAAGCUCGGGGGCGAUGAAUCGUCCGCGCUGCAGGGGAAGAAAAUGGGCGUGAGUCGGAUAGGAAGCGGCUCCUACGUCAUGGGCUACGUCCUCGCCGACACGCGCGGCUGGCUCCGCCACACCACCUCGCCUUUCGAGGUGAUCCCCGCCGAUAACUUCCAAGGGCUCCGCGACGCUGUUAACUCGGGGAAAGCCGACUUCUUCAUGUGGGAGCACUACACGUCCAACCGCUACUACGAGCAGGGAGCAAUCGAGAACAUCGGGUGGAUCGACACGCCAUGGAGCAGCUGGAAGAUCGUAGCGGCGGAUCCGGAGGAUUGGCGGCUGGGAGACUUUGCGAAGCGGUUGAAUAAGGGGGUGGAGCACUUCAAUCAGAACGGGGAGGAGGCGGUGGAGUAUAUCAGCACGCAGUUGGAUUACAGUGCGGCGGACGCGCGGGCAUGGAUGAAGACGGUGGAGUUUCCGACGGAUGUGAGGAAGGUGGAUCAACGGGUGAUUCGGUUGACGAUUGAUUUGUUGGCGAAGGCGGGGGUGAUUGAGAAGGAUCGGCUGAUACCGGCGGAUAUCAUUCGGGAGAUCGAUUAG